AUGGAAGACAAUGGGAGGAGAGUGUCAAACAGGUGUUUCAACUUCAAGCGAGAGCAUCAUAAGAAACGGAGUGAUAUCAGAUGCACAGCUGCAGUCAAAUUCUUCAUGCGUAAGAUCAGCCAGUGUGUGAAAUCACUGACACGAGACUCAGGUAAAGGGGAUAUUGUUUUGGAUAAUGAUGUUGUACUGACAAAAAUGAAGCUCCUCAACAACGUCCCUGAGAAACUGCUUAAUGUUGAGGAUUCCAUUUCAACCAUCUCCAUUUCGAUGUCUGAGCAGGAUAACACAGAACCUCUCCAAGCUGAUGAGGUGAUCUCUGUCCACAGCGCUGCUCCUGAGACCACUGUCCCUGAAUCAAAAACAGACUAUCUAUCUUCUAUUUUUACAAAUUCUGAACUUCCAAGAUUGUAUAAAUUUGAAUCUGAGGACUCUGGGGUAGAAAUGACUAGUGGAGCAACUUCUCCAUCCACCCCAACUGGUUCAGAGCAAAGCUUUGUGGUCCACAGUAGGGAGUCUUCAUGUGACUCUGGCAACCUGAACUCUCCUGUACCUGCUGACAAUCCUCUUGAAGACAGUUCAGUCUUCUUAGAAACUGAACAAACGUCUUGUAAGUGUGCUAAACAAGACACUCUUACCAUCCUGGGAGACAGAACAGAGGAAGAGAAUGUUGAUGAUGAUUUGAUAGACAUCACAGCAGAUUCAGAGAGGUCCAAGGACAGAACCAUGAGGAAUACCAUGGAGAACUGUAAAGAUGCAAUUGAAAUCAUGGCAGCACAUGAGGAAAUAACAGACACUGCAAUGGCUGAGAACACAAUAUCAAGGAGCCAGUGUUCUAUAGAAGCUUAUGAUGGCAAAACAGGAUCUGAAUUUCAGCAGCGGCCUUUGAGGAAAAGUACAACCAGCGACAGUCUGGAUGAGUACAUGGAAGAGUGCUGCAGGCUAAGUGAGGUAAUCAACACCCCAGCUCAAAGGUUCCCUCUUGACAUUUAUGAGGAGUGUUAUGACUGCGCAGUGCUGAGGGACAUCUCAAUCGCAGUGACACUGACUGGAGAGCCAGAGAGCCGAGGGCCCGAGGCAUGCGGAUUUGCGUGA